AUGUCUUCUUUCAGCAAGACUGGCUGCAACGACCACACGUACGCCAACGGCUACAACCUCUCCGCCAAGAAGGUGAAGAGCGGUCUGCCUGCGGACCAUCGCACUGAGUUCGAGCGCCAGCAAGAAGCCAACAUCAUUGCUGAGCGCGUGCGAGAGGCCGAAGAUGCUGCAGAGGCUAUACGAGCCGCUCAGGAGCAAGCGGCUAAGAAGAACAAGGGCCAGAAAGGGGAGAAGGAUACGAGGAAGGAGAAGGGAAAGCGUCGCGGCAAUCAGCACUAG